AUGUGGAAAAUUCUAAUUUUUUAUUUAUUUCUUGAAUUAAUACAUGGAAAUUAUACUGAUCCAAUAUAUCCAAUAUCAAAUCCUUGUUUAGCUAUACUUGAUCGUUUAUCGGAUAUGUCAUCUGCAUUUCUUAAUUGUGCUGUAAGUCGAGCAAGACCAUUUAAAUUAUGUGAAGGUUGUGUUGAUACUUAUGCACGACUACAAGAUCUUGUUGGUUUAUUAGAUUUAACAUAUUCUGAUGUUGAUAGAACGAUAACAUGUAAACGAUUUCUUGAAAGUUAUGAUUCAAUACAAGUUGUUGCUCAACUUAUUUCAUUUGUACAUAAUAUUUGGGGUUUAUCAUAUUGUGAUAAUUGUAUCAAAAAUUAUAAAGACACGAAUGGUACAACUGAUUAUAGUCUAACUAAUCAUACAAUAAAAUUCGUUCAGAAAAAAUUAAAUUUUGAUCUUUGUAUAUUUAAUGCUACUGGUCGUAUGGUUCCAAUUAUUCCAAUUGAUCUUAAUGUUACAUUGAAUACAAAUGUAUGUACAGUAUGUUCAACAGUUUACAAUGAGAUAAAUGAAUUCUUUAUACAAAUAACACGAGACAAUAAAAAUGGUGUUUGUAUGGAUAUUGUUGAUACAAUGAAUUAUACUCGAUUAUUAUGGAGUAAAAUAUAUGAAUGUAAACGUCAUGAUCCUGAUUAUAUGGCCAUUAUUGGAAUAUCAUUUUUUAUUCCAACAAUUGUUUUUGUUUUUUAUGUUAGUGCUUUAUUUAAAGGUGAACGAAAACAACAGAAAUUAUCACGACAAAAACGUCUUCCGGCACAUUCCACUACUGCUGCAAUAGUCGGUGCAAGAACAUGGUUAUGGUCUAAUCCAAACGAAUGA